AUGUAUUCAAUACGUCCUCAUACUUCAGAAACUAUCGAGUUUGAUUUACCUACGACAAUGUACCGAGUACAACAAGUCAUACAGCCGAUAAAACAAUCAACCAAUGAAUCAGUAUUAAAAGAUAUCGAGCAACGUCAAGAUAGUUUACUUGAAAAAGUCGACUAUUUACAGAGUCAACUGGCUCUUUAUCUAAAAAUUCAAGAUCAAGGUUCAAAUGAAAAAGCAACAUGUCUAUGUUCGGUACCAAUACGCGAAGAGUUAGUUGUUCAUCUUUCAGCUAAGCAACCAUCGAAAGAUAUUCUGAAUCUUAUCGAAAAAUUUCACGAUAAAUUAUCUAUUCGAACAUAUCGUCAUUCAUCAUUACGUGCCGCUAAAUUUAAUUAUCCUAUUCAAAAUUUAUCUUCAUCAAAUAAUGGAAAUAAAUCUCGUUCAUUAGCAGUUGUUUGGGCCGAUGGCGACGAACUUCCUUUUAUGUUUCAUGCACACACGAAAAUCAAUGAUGAACCAACAAUUGUUACGUUACUUUCUCAAGAACUGGAAAGCAAAGACUGA